UCAAAGCCGCUGCCAGCGCUGGGACCCGGCAUCCGCGCAGCAGCCUUCUGACCCGCGGAUGCGCCGAGGCUUUUGCGUCUGGCGCCCGUCGAGCCGUCGCGUCCGUGUCCCUCGCGUCCCGCCGCUGACUCCCCAAACUUUGGCCAGCGCCGUCCAGGCUCUGCUCCAGGGACUAGCCAGGAAUUUUCAAGAUGAAUUACACCGAGUCCAGCCCAUUGGCAGAAUCAACAGCCAUAGGUUUCACACCUGAGUUAGGAAGUAUCACACCUGUGCCUUCCAAUGAGACCACCUGCGAAAACUGGCGAGAGAUACAUCAUCUAGUGUUUCAUGUAGCAAAUAUUUUUUUUGCCAUUGGGUUGGUUCUUCCAACUACUCUUCACCUUCAUAUGAUACUUCUUAGGGGAAUGUUAACUAUAGGAUGUACCCUUUAUAUCGUCUGGGCCACUCUCUACCGCUGUGCCUUGGAUAUCAUGAUCUGGAACUCUGUGUUCCUGGGGAUCAACGUUUUGCAUCUUUCAUAUCUUUUGUACAAGAAGAGACCGGUGAAGAUCGAAAAGGAACUCAAAGGCAUCUACCAGCGAUUGUUUGAACCACUCCGUGUGCCUCCAGAUCUGUUCAAAAGAUUAACAGGACAGUUUUGCAUGAUCCAAACGUUGAAAAAGGGCCAGGCCUAUGCUGCAGAGGAUAAAACCUCAGUUGAUGACCGUCUGAGUAUUCUCCUGAAAGGAAAAAUGAAGGUCUCCUAUCGAGGACACUUUCUGCAUAACAUUUACCCCUGUGCCUUCAUAGAUUCUCCUGAAUUUAGAUCAACCCAGAUGCACAAAGGUGAAAAAUUCCAGGUCACCAUUAUUGCAGAUGAUAACUGCAGAUUUUUAUGCUGGUCAAGAGAAAGGUUAACCUACUUUCUGGAAUCAGAGCCUUUCCUGUAUGAAGUAUUUAGAUAUCUUAUAGGAAAAGACAUUACAAAUAAGCUCUACUCAUUGAAUGAUCCCACCUUAAAUGAUAAAACAAUCAAAAAGUUGGACCACCAGCUCAGUCUUUGCACGCAGCUCUCCAUGCUGGAAAUGAGGAACAGCAUAGUCAGCACCAGUGACAGCGAGGACGGCUUACACCAGUUUCUUCGGGGCACCUCCAGCGUGUCCUCUCUUUAUGUCCCAUCCCCACACCAGCGAGCCUCUGCCAAGAUGAAGCCAAUAGAAGAAGGAGUGGAGGAUGACGAUGAGGUCUUUGAACCAGAGACUCCAAAUACAUUCAAAGUUCGUCAAUUGCCUUGAUCCGGAGAGAGGAUUCAAGUUACCAAGAAGGAAACUCUCUUGAAGAGAUCCUGAAAAAUACCAGCACUUUUUCACGGCUUUUAGAUUUUUCUGCUUUAACACACCCAGCCUGGUAGAGUCUGAGGGCAGGAACAUGAUGGAGAUUCAAAAAUGGGAAGGUUGGGAGUUCCCUGGUGGCCUAGCAGUUAAGGACCUGGCAUUGUCAUAACCGGCAAGGGUUUGAUCCCUAGCCUGGGAACUUCCCCAUGCCAUGCACAUGGCAAAAUAAAAAAAAAAAAUGGGGGAGGGAGGUAUCUUUGCUGUCUUCACUGGUCAGCUUUUUGUUUUACUGAGCCUUCUGACUAAACCUAGUGCUAUUUUUGAGAGAGAUAUUUUCACAGUAUUUUCUAGAUAUAUUAUCACUUAACUUAAAAUCUUAGCGCUUUGUCAUCGCAAAUGCCUUCACUUUCUCUUUCCAAGUUAUUGUGGGUUUUCUUCAGAGAUGCUUUUUUUUUUUUUCUGCCACGGCAGUGGGGUUGUCUGUGUGAUCGUUUUAACAAGGUCAAUCUGAAAUCGAGGCUGAGGUAACAUCUAAAGGCAGGGACUCUCAGGCUUUGUUGACUCUUUCGGAUGGAAAAGUUUAAAGAAAGAUGUGAUGUCACUCAUGCAGAUUUUUCUCUCAGGCUGGACACGUACUGGAUCGCCUCACUUAGGUGGGCCCUGUGUGGGUGGCUUGAUAAUGGACAAAACUCGUCAGACUUUGCUCACAUCUCCCUUGUAGAGCGAUGUUCAUAAGCGGGGCUGAAACCUAAAGGAGAAGGAUGACAGAUGGAAGCUGUUCUGAGCUCAGCGCCGGCCUUCGGCUAAACCAACUCACCGGCCAUGUGGAGCCAUCUGGCCCCACAUGCUGCUGCAGGAAGCACGUUACUUGGGGCGGGAUGAUUGAGGAGUCAAGGGGCCAAUCAAGUGGCCCAGGAUGACAGGGCCAUCAGAGCCACUGCACUCUUCGGUUGCUCUUCUGACGUUUCAGAUUGUUCCUCCAGGGCCAUGGCUGUUUGUUCUGAUGUGUCCGGGUGUGGGGUACCAAGGCCGGACACAUAGACACAGCGGUGGGCAGCUAGUCCACCACAGGCCUGUGUGAGCACCAGCCUAGCUAGUGUCGUGAAGGCCUUAACUCCAGAAAUGAUGGUAUUUGGGAAAUUAGCAGUUUGCUUGAAUCGUCAGGCUGGUCAGUGUGACGGUGGCACUUGGCCAGGCCACCCACGGGGGGAAGCCCCCUGAUGGGCUAUGCCCCACUUACCCCCACUGGCCUUUAUUUUGGUCAGUGGGGGUACCAACAUACCACUGGUACCAAUGUUGAAGCAGUCCCCUGUGAUGUUAAAUAGCCAAGAAAAGUUGCAAAUGAGAUUAUUUUCAGGUGAGCUGAGCCAAAAGCAUCUUUUGCCAAGAGGUGAUUUCUGUUAGAGAAGAUAUUAAAAAAAAAAAAAAAGCUACUCUAGGGUCACCUCAUUUUCCUAAACUCAUUUUUAGAAGCCAGUCAUUUUAGUCAUUUCACUGGAGUUAAAUUUACAUGCUUGGUCACUCACUGAGAAAACUUGCACAGACUGGAUAUCCAGCUCUGAAUGUAUUUAUCACAUGUGGGCUUAUUAACCUCACAGUAGAACGGCUGACUUCACUUUACUGCUAUCAUGGUCUCUUCUGUUUGCUAAAGUGUCAUUUUAUUUUGGGGGAAAUGAAAUGAAAGAAUGACUUUGCCUUGACUUUAAGACUGUAAAGAGAUGGGAGCAUGAACCUUCUGGUUCUGCGCCUCAGUCAUGUGCAUAUGGUACAAUGGUGUUCAAACUGCUUUAACUGGGGGGGUGAGGUCACGUGGCCCAAUGAGUUUACACAUGCGUAUGGCUAAUUUGCAAAGCCACUCUAUAGAGUCAUUACAUAGUGCAUCCUUCUGAAUAAUUUUAGGUUCUACUAAAGCCAGGUUUUUGAUGCUCAGUGAGUCCACAGAACCUUAACGGUUUCUCACCCCGACCCAUCUUCAGGUCUCCCUUUAUCGACCUCAGGCAGCAGAGAGGGUCGUCUCUACUGAUGAACGUGGAUGUGUUUGGAGGUUAUUUUCUCUAGUGCUGAGAAUAAACAUGUUUAAAAGCGCACUGCUAAAAUGUAGGUGAUGUGAAGUCAUUUACUGUUUUUAUUAAAAUGUGUAUGUGUGUUUUGUGCCAUUGAGGAUGAAGAUUGUAAUCUCUAGAUUAGGAAUCUUCAAAGAACCACUUAGCCUGAAUAGGAAACACAAAACUAUUUUUAAAUACAUCCCUCUGAGGAGGACAAUGAGACUCAGAGAAAAGGAGCCGAAGCCAUUGAGUAGCCCUCCCACUGGAUUUGACAGCAAAGAAGCAUAACAGAGCAGAAAAGAUCUCCUGUGAGUGAGUUAACAAGUGUAUCUUUGUAUAAUGAACACAUAGAGAAAAAACAUGUUUGCUGCCAAAGCCACCAA